GCCCUGAUCACUCGUCUAGACUACGCCGACCUGAUCGGACGUCUGUUUCGAUUCUGAUAAGAAAAUAUUCUUAUUCUUAAUUUAAAGUAAAUUAAUUUGAAUUGAAGCAAUAAUAUCACUUUGCUUAUUUGCCGAGUUUAUGCACACAUUUAUUAAGUGUAGUAAAGUUCUAAAAGAUCUUUCAGUGUAAAAAAAUCUAUUAAUCUACUAGACGGAUUGGUUGCGCUUUAUUCUUACGUAGCUACAAAAGACUACAAAUAUCGUUGAAUAAGAAAACAGAUAAACCGUUUCUUCGUUUGGUAAGAUAUGGAUCCGCACCUAAUACUACACCACUGCCACCUCGCGCUCACAAGAUUCUUCCGCAAGGAUUUGGAGAAUUUAAUAAUCGUCACGAGCGCUUGGGACCGUGCUGCACUCUCCCACGGCUCGAACUGGUCACAAUACAGCCAGAACGAGGUGCUGCCCCUUCCCCACGCCCUCGUCGUGGACCUAAUGUCUACAAUGAGAUAUACCCGCGACGCUUACCUCCAUCAGUACAACUUCGAUGCUAACGAGUACACUCUGGAGUCGCUACAUGUGGACACCAUGACCGACACGGAUUUUGAAAGGCUGCUUUGUGCUGCCUAGAAGGAACUCCUGCAGGUUCUCCGGGAAUUUGAUUACGCUGAUGAAAUACCGGACCUCCUGCGGGUUGCUCUUAAUUUAAAUUUAACUUUUUAUACUUUUAGGAAAAUGUACUCGGUAUUAGAGGAAAAAUUUUUUGAGACUGAAGAAUCAAUUAACAUAGUUGAGAAAGGAAUAAAACAGGGUAUUCUAACAGUGUUUAGUCUUAUCCCUGCGCUACCAGACCGCUUGGAAAUAAGCGUUAAAAAUGCAACUGUUGAGUUUAUCCCGGAUAGAUGGAUAAUACUAGAUAAGAAGCGGCUACAACAGUUACGUGAACACUGUGCAAUGGCCGCGGCCACACAUCGCCACAUCGCUCUCUUCUCGCCAGAAGUGGCUCAACUGCCACGUUUCUGUGCCUCGGAAAUAAUGUGGAGCAACGGAUCGGUGCCAUUGUUAACUCUGAGAAUGUCAGGAAGGUCGCUUGAAGAUUACAGCAAGGUGCUAAAAGGCAUUGAUCACUUCAAGAUAGAAAGCUGUCAACUGUUAGUGCCCGCCGUGGAGUUGUUGAGUCUAUGGAAUCUCUCAGCGGCAAUAUCUGGCGAGCCGCGUCUUACAAUUUUCAUGUUGAAGAUGAUGAAGCUGGUGGUAUCAGACUACGAGGAGGAGCGGGACAAUUACAGACCGGUCGGGGUUGAGGGGAACAAUACCAUUAACGUAUUGUACAUUUACGGGUGCAGCUUGAGUGCUAUCGGCAACCCGCGUGACGCCGUCAAAUAUUUCAAGGACGUCAUCAGAAUCAAACCCUACAUAACUGAAGACCGCUUCCUGGUACCGUAUGCCAAGUUGGAGUUAGCGAUGUGUCAUCACGCCUUGGGUCAAACUGAAUCCGCUAGGGUCAUCCUCAUAGAUGUGAAGGCGAAUUACUUCCACCAUUCAAAGCCAUUGCGUUUCUUAUAUCGCUUAUACCAUAAGAUUAUAGUCAACGAAGAUGAUCCGACAACAUCUCCUCCAAGCACCGAUUAAAUAAUGACCAUACCAGUGGGUUGCGACUCGUAUUAUACUAAUAUUGUAACAUAUUGUUGUCUCUGUUAUUUCAAACAAAAUAAAAGCGACGGCAAUAUGCAUCAAUACAAGUAUCGAUGACGUCGCAACCUACAGAAAGAGUCGAGGACUUUUAUUCCCUACUCAAUUGAUGUAAUUGGGUAGAAAUUUGCAGUGUAGUUAUAAGAUAUAGCACUCUAUAUACGUGCUUAAUUAUAGGUAAUAGUGAUUAGUGUACGAAUUUCGUUCCUAAGUGGAAAGCGAAUAUAAUUCCUUGUGCAUUCGCUAUUGACUUGAAGUGCUCAAAAGACACUGUGAUUAGUGAUUAGUGUUAAAGAUUGAAACAAACUCUAAAAGGCAGUUAUAGCCUCGUAUAUUAUUCUAGGUUAGGUUACAUGGGGCAAGGACACUCAGAAAUAUGAAUGCAAAAACUUUUGAGAGUGUGCCAAAAUAAAUGUUAAUUCUAAAACCAAUAAUAUCACAAGGUUAUAUAGAAAUUACUAUGUUACUGUGCAUCUCAUACAUGUUUACUUUUAAGAACAUUUAUCCUUAACUGUGUACGGAAUUUUAAUUAUGCGAACUUUAUAAGACAUUUAAAUAGUGUAUGUGUAAGUUCUUAAAGUGAAUAUUAAGAUGGUGACGAAGUUGUGGGAUUAUCGUAAUAUAAGAGAAAAUUAAAUAUUUUGACAGCUCGGAACAUCGUACGAGUCGUUGCGAGGAAUACGAUUUUUAGUGCGACGUUGACGUACUGUGCAGCGCGUUUGACCUUGAGCCGUCAAAAAUUAACAUUAAUAAUAUAAGCCUUGAAGGAAAUUAAUUGGUUUGGUGUUACUAAUACUUGCGAUGGACUAAAAAGGUUGUGGCUUUGUAACGUGGAAAAUAGUACGGAAAAUGUUAGUAUAUAAAAAUGAAUGUGUAACUGUUGUAUAUCUAUGUGAUAUUAUUGUGAUUGUAUACAUUUUGUUUUUUUUUAAUUUCCUUCUGUACGUAACAUUUAAUAUUGAUGUGAAACAUUGAUGUUGUCGUAAUUUAAGAUAUAUUAAUACUCAAUAUAUUAUGUACUGUCUAUACCCAACUCUGGUCUUCUCCGCCUCUAUAUCUUGUGAUUUGUUAUAUUAUAUUUAUAUUAUUUUUUUAUCUCCUACUUGUAUAACAAGUUAUUUGUACAUAAGUACAUAUUUCUCUUACAAGAGUUCUGUCAUUCCGACCAUUUUUUAAACCUUAUAUUUAUGUAAAGUACUAAUCAUAUAAUAUUUUCGUGAACCCCCUGUGACUGAGUUUUUUGUACUCGUAAAUAAGAUACCGAACUGAAAGUUUUUUUAGACAAUUUUACUAUGUCAUAUAUUUUAUUAUUCAGGGUAAUAUUUAUCUAUACAUUUAGGCCUACACUAUACGAAAAGAAAUGUUUAUUUUCAUUUAUAUGGUUGAGUAAGUCACUCGAAACAUAACGCUAAGAUAAAAAUAUAUAGAACGAGUCAAAUUAAAACUUGUCUUGUAAAAUUGAAUAAGGAAAUCAAAUCACUUUCGUCUCUCAUUUCCAUUUCAUAUGAUCUCGGUAUAAUUAGUUUUAUUCUUUGUCCAUUUCAGAAGACCUCUCUUGCUUAAGUGUAUUUUGUAUUUGCCAUGUUUUAUGCUUAAUAAUAUAAUAUAAUGAGACAAAAUUAUCUUUCCCGGUACGCCAAAGUUUAACUUAAGUAUAACGUUAUCAGAAAAA